GAGUGAAGGAAAGGGUAAGAUGCAUGCCAACUCGUUCAUGAUUAAAUUUGCAGUUUGGAGGGGGAAAAGUGAAAAGGACUAUGAUGGUGUUAUUGAUAGUGGCAAGUGGCAACAACAUUGAAUUGGAUUAGCUUCUAAGACAAGAAAAAUCAAUAAAAUGGAGUACAUGCUUUUUCAUUCUUUUGUCUUUCUAUAACCGCAAUACAUUGGGAAGCAACUGAGAACUCUUCCCAACAUGACAAUAAUCCGUGUGUUGCUCUUUCUGGGACUUUUGGGGGCUCAAAUUCAUGGCAUAUCCUCAUUUACUGAUCCUCAAGAUGUUGUUGCACUUAGAUCUUUAAAAGAUAUAUGGCAAAAUACACCACCUAGUUGGGACAAAUCAGCUGACCCUUGUGGAGAACGCUGGGAAGGAGUGACCUGCAACAAAUCCAGGGUUACUUCAUUGGGACUCUCAACCAUGGGCCUGAAGGGUAAAUUGAGUGGAGAUAUUGCCGGACUCACUGAAUUGAGAUCCUUGGACUUAUCAUUUAAUAAGGAUUUGAUGGGGCCUCUCUCUCAAGAAUUAGGAGAGCUGAGCAAGCUAAAUAUAUUGAUUUUGGCUGGUUGCAGCUUCAGUGGCAGUAUUCCAGAUGCAUUGGGGAAACUUUCAGAGCUAUCUUUCCUGGCUUUAAAUUCAAACAACUUCACUGGAAAAAUACCUCCUUCAUUGGGUAAUCUCUCCAAACUCUAUUGGCUGGACUUGGCUGACAAUCAGCUCACAGGGUCUCUACCAGUUUCAACCUCCACCACCCCUGGAUUAGACCUGCUUUUAAAGGCUAAGCACUUCCAUUUCAAUAAGAACCAGCUUUCAGGUACCAUUCCCCCCAAACUUUUCAGCUCAGAGAUGGUACUCAUACACAUAUUAUUUGAUGGAAACAAUUUACAAGGGAGCAUACCUUCGACAAUAGGACUAGUUCAGACAGUUGAGGUCCUCCGGCUUGAUAGAAAUUUCAUGACUGGAGAGGUCCCUUCAAAUCUCAAUAACCUUACAAACAUCAAUGAACUGAAUUUAGCACACAAUAAAUUGACAGGUCCGUUGCCAGACUUAACUACAAUGGAUACACUCAACUAUGUGGAUCUUAGUAACAACUCUUUUGAUCCAUCUGAAGCUCCAAUUUGGCUCUCAACUCUACCAUCACUCACCACGCUUAUUAUGGAGUUUGGAUCUCUUCAAGGUCCUCUUCCCACGAAACUCUUCAGCCUUCCUCAGAUACAACAAGUGAAACUGCGAAACAAUGCAUUGAACAACACAUUGGACAUGGGUGACAGCAUUUGUCCUCAGUUGCAGCUUGUAGAUUUGCAGGCUAACCAGAUUUCCUCAGUAACACUAAGUUCACAAUACAAAAACACAUUAAUUCUCAUAGGAAAUCCAGUUUGCACUAGUGCUAUUUCACACACAAAUUACUGCCAACUUCAGCAACAGCGUAAACAACCGUAUUCGACCAGCUUGGCUAAUUGUGGAGGCAAAUCUUGUCCUCCUGAUCAGAAGAUCUGCCCACAAAGUUGUGAAUGUUCAUAUCCAUAUCAAGGAACGUUCUACUUUAGAGGACCCUUGUUCAGAGAAUUGUCUAAUGUAAGCACUUUCCAUUCACUGGAAAUGAGCCUUUGGGUAAAAUUGGGUUUGACUCCUGGCUCAGUUUCUUUGCAAAAUCCCUUCUUCAAUAGUGAUGAUUAUCUUCAAGUGCAACUAGCACUCUUUCCACCAGAAGGACUAUAUUUUAAUAGGUCAGAAGUUCAAAGAAUUGGGUUUUCAUUGAGUAACCAAACUUACAAGCCUCCACAUGAGUUUGGACCCUAUUACUUCAUUGCGUUUCCUUAUGCUUUCUCAGACUCCAACAAAGGAUCUUCUCUUAGAAAAGGUGUUGUUAUUGGGAUUGCAAUUGGCUGCACAGUUCUGAUGCUGAGCCUCAUAGGACUAGGAGUAUACGCGAUUCUGCAAAAGAAACGCGCAGAGAAAGCAAUUGGAUUAAGUAGACCAUUUGCAUCAUGGGCACCAAGUGGCCAAGAUAGUGGAGGUGCACCACAAUUAAAGGGAGCAAGAUGGUUCUCUUAUGACGAACUCAAAAAGUGCACCAAUAAUUUCUCGCAAAGUAGUGAGAUAGGCUCUGGUGGCUAUGGCAAGGUGUACAAAGGAGUUUUCCCUGAUGGAAAAAUGGUUGCAAUCAAACGAGCUCAACAAGGAUCGACGCAAGGAGGCCUAGAGUUCAAGAAUGAAAUCGAGUUGCUCUCAAGAGUUCACCACAAGAAUCUUGUUGGCCUUGUGGGAUUCUGCUUUGAGCAAGGAGAACAAAUGUUGGUUUAUGAAUUUAUGCCCAAUGGAACACUUAGGGAGAGUUUAUCAGGAAAAUCUGGCAUUCAUCUUGACUGGAAGAGGAGACUCCGCAUUGCUCUUGGUUCGGCCAGAGGACUUGCAUAUUUGCAUGAGCUUGCCAACCCUCCCAUAAUCCACAGAGAUGUGAAGUCAUCUAAUAUCUUGCUGGAUGAAAGUUUAACAGCAAAGGUUGCAGAUUUUGGCUUGUCAAAGCUAGCAGCUGACAGUGAGAAAGGCCACGUUUCAACUCAGGUUAAAGGGACACUGGGUUAUCUGGAUCCUGAAUAUUACAUGACCCAACAACUAACUGACAAGAGUGAUGUGUACAGUUUCGGGGUAGUUAUGCUUGAAUUGAUAACAUCCAGACAACCUAUUGAGAAGGGUAAGUACAUUGUCCGCGAGGUGCGAACCUUGAUGAACAAGAAAGAUGAAGAGCAUUAUGGUUUGAGGGAACUCAUGGAUCCAGUGGUGAGAAACACACCAAACCUCAUAGGGUUUGGGAGGUUCUUAGAGUUGGCAAUGCAAUGUGUUGAGGAUUCAGCUUCAGACCGUCCAACAAUGAGUGAAGUUGUGAAAGCAUUUGAGACCAUGUUACAGAAUGAUGGGGUGAAUACAAAUUCUACUUCUGCGUCCUCAUCUGCCACUGAUUUUGGAGUUACUAAGGGUGCUAUGAAACAUCCUUACAUUGAUGCUACCAGGGACAAUGUUAAUGAUAGUAAUAAUGCCUUUGAUUAUAGUGGGGGAUACACACCUUCAACAAAAGUAGAACCCAAAUAAGGCUAAGUAGUUUUGUCAGAUAUCACUUUCUUUUCUUCUGCAUUCUCAAAAGAAAACUUUAACUUGUUAUGUUAUUCCUGUUCCUUUUAAGAAAGAUAAUGUUGUCUAUUCUUUUCUUUCAGUAAUGCAAGUUUAUCUCAGACUCAUCAUAGCAA